AUGUUCCUGGAGGUGUUCGAGGAUGUGGCGAAGCUGGCCGGAAUACGGACGGAUCGCGGCAAGUUGACGGCCCUCCGAGUGCUCCUCAAGGGCCGUGCGAGGGCAGUGUUGGACGCGGCACGAAGGAACCCGGAGAAAAUGGAGUGGGCCGCCGCAAAUGACGCCUUGAUCGCGGGCUUUGACACCCCGGCCGACCGCCAGGAGGCACUCCAUCACUUCAUGACGGUGCAGCUCGAAGUCGGUGUGGACCCACUUUCGCAUGCCGUGGCCCUGCGUUGGCUAUUGGAUCACGCACUACCGACAUUGGAUGAGAAUGCUCGCUCGGAACUACUCCUCGACCAUUUCACAGAGAGCCUCCCGGAAGACAUACGCGAGAAAGCGAAACUCAUUAAUGUGGCACGUACCAUGGACGUAGUAACGCUAGCUGAAGUUGUGAGACAGUUCACCGGUCAGGAAAUUGCGGCAGUGCAAAUGCAGGAAUUCCAUAAGGAUGAGCCACCGGAAGACGUGAAGGCCACAGUUGACAGACUGACGGAUGAAGUAGCGGCACUCAAAUCAAAUUUCGGACGGAAGAAAAACACAAAUGCAUGUUUUCAUUGUGGCAGGCGAGGUCACUGGCGGCGGAAUUGCCCUGAGAGAUAUAAUAAAUUCUCUUCAAAUACACGAUUGAUUCCGUACACGCGUUUUCUCUCGAACAAAGCAAUCACUGGAGCAGUAGAUCGCGGGGCAGUACGGGCCAGUUUAGAGAUCGACCAGAUCGGCUAG